CUCACGGAAGGGAAGCCAGGAGCGGGUGUGAGGAACUUUCUCUCAUUGACGCAGACUGUCAUGGAGCCUGUCUGCCGAGAAGAUAAACCUAAUCCUAUGGUAGCUGCUAAUAUAUUCUCCAAAGUAUUUUUCUGCUGGUUAAAUCCAUUGUUUCGAAUUGGUUACAAAAGGAGAUUAGAAGAAAAUGAUUUGUACAAAGUGCCUCCAGAAGAUGGUUCUGAGAAAUUAGGAGAGGAACUGCAAAGGUACUGGGAUAAAGAAGUCCAGAAAGCAAAGAAGCAAGCUCGAGUUCCCCGUCUUACAUACGCUGUUUUGAAAUGUUUCUGGAAAUCAUAUAUCAUUUUAGGUGCAUUCACAUUUGUAGAGGAAACAAUCAGAAUUGUUCAGCCUAUCAUGUUAGGAAAAGUUAUUAAUUAUUUUGAAAACUACAAUCCAGAUGAUACUGAGGCUCACAAAGUUGCCUUUGGCUAUGCUGCUGGUAUAUCACUUUGUACUCUAUUUCUGGCAAUUGUGCAUCAUCUGUAUUUCUUUCACGUACAAAGGUGUGGGAUGAAACUAAGAAUAGCAAUGUGUCAUAUGAUCUAUAAAAAGGCUCUUCGUCUCAGCAAUGUUGCAUUGGCAAAGACAACAACAGGUCAGAUAGUGAACCUGUUGUCCAAUGAUGUUAAUAAGUUUGAUCAGCUAACCAUAUUCCUGCAUUUCCUAUGGGUUGGACCGUUGCAGGCAAUUGCAGUGGGAGCACUACUCUGGCAAGAAAUAGGGCCAUCUUGCCUGGCUGGAAUGGUUAUACUGCUUAUCCUGAUGCCAACACAAACCAUUUUUGGAAAGUGGUUUUCAGAACUGAGAGGCAAAACUGCAAUACUGACAGAUAACAGAAUUCGUAUAAUGAACGAAGUUAUAUCAGGAAUGCGAAUCAUCAAAAUGUAUGCAUGGGAAACACCCUUUUCAAAUUUGAUUGCUCAAGUUAGAAAGAAGGAGAUUGCCAAAGUUCUACGAAGUUCUUAUUUACGUGCCUUGAACAUGGCCUCAUUCUUUAUUGCAAGCAAGAUGAUAUUGUUUUUUACAUUCUUGGUAUAUGUGCUACUUGGCAACACCAUCACAGCAAGUCGUGUGUUUGUCACAGUUUCGUUGUACAGUGCUGUGAGACUCACAGUCACCCUGUUCUUCCCAGCAGCUAUUCAGACGGCUUCUGAAGGAUUAAUCAGCAUUAGAAGGAUAAAGGGAUUUUUGAUCCUUGAAGAAAUUAAAAGUCCCAAUGAUGGAAUGCAGAACAGUGAAAAUGAUUAUUCAGUCCAUGUACAAGAUCUCACAUGUUUUUGGGACAAGACAAUAGAAACUCCAUCACUGCAAAAUAUUAGUUUCUCCCUCAAACCAAGGGAGCUUGUGGCUGUGAUUGGACCUGUGGGUGCAGGCAAAUCCUCAAUUCUUGCUGCAAUUCUUGGUGAACUUGCAAAAGAAAACGGGAUCUUAGACAUCAAAGGUAAAGUAGCUUACUGCGCUCAACAGCCAUGGGUCUUUCCUGGUACAGUGCGAAGCAACAUCCUAUUUGGCAAAGAUUAUCAAAGAACAAAAUAUGAAAACAUCAUUGCAGCUUGUGCUCUGAAGAGAGAUUUGGAACUGUUUCAAGAUGGUGACCUGACCCAGAUUGGAGAUCGUGGAGUCACACUCAGUGGAGGACAAAAAGCUCGAAUUAAUUUGGCGAGAUCUGUGUAUCAGGACGCUGAUAUCUACUUGCUUGAUGACCCCCUCAGUGCCGUUGAUGCUGAAGUUGGGAGACACCUCUUUGAACAGUGUAUAACUGGGGUUUUGAAAAAUAAGCCUCGUAUUCUGGUGACACAUCAACUUCAAUAUUUAAGUGCUGCUGACCAGAUUCUGGUAUUAAAAGAGGGCCAGAUGGUUGUUAAAGGAAAUUUCAAGCAGCUUUUAAAUUCUGGAAUUGAUUUUUCCUGUCUGCUAAAACAAGAUGAAGAGGAUGAACAGACAGACUCCCAUACUGCCACAAAAAUAACUAAGGAACGUACACUUUCACAAACCUCCAAUUUGUCUUUGAGUUCCUCAACACAAUCUCACAAAGAAGGUUUAUUUGAGCCACUGGGGGAAUCUGUACUGCCAGCAACACCGGAGGAGAGUCACUCUGAAGGAUCAAUUGGCUUUAAAAUUUACAAGAAAUAUUUUCUAGCAGGUGCUAAUGGUUUUAUGCUGAUGGUUGUCAUCAUUCUCAAUUUGGUGACACAAGUAAGUGACAAUGUGUCUUACGUACUUCAGGACUGGUGGCUAUCUGAAUGGGCGACAAGUCAAGACCAAUUGAACAUGACUCAAAUAAAUAGCCAAAAUAACACAAUGCAGCAGCUGGAUAUUAACUUUUACUUGGGAAUCUAUGCAGGUUUAACAAUAGCUGUGAUACUUUUUGGAAUUACCCGAAGUUUGAUCAUUUUCCAUGUGUUGGUGAAUGCAUCUAAGGAAUUGCAUAACAGAAUGUUUGCAUGUAUUAUAAGAGCUCCUGUUUUAUUCUUUGAUAGAAAUCCUAUUGGUCGGAUCUUAAACCGUUUUUCAAAAGAUAUUGGCCACUUGGAUGAUUUGCUGCCCUAUACUUGCAUGGACUUUUUACAGAGUUCUCUGCAGAUCCUGGGUGUGAUAGCUGUGGCAGUAGCUGUCAUUCCAUGGAUACUUAUUCCAAUCACUCCACUUGCCAUUGUAUUUUUUUUCCUCCGGCGCUAUUACUUGAAAACAUCACGUGACAUUAAACGCAUGGAAUCAAGCACUCGAAGCCCAGUUUUCUCCCAUCUAUCUUCAUCCCUCCAAGGAGUUUGGACAAUUCGUGCCACAAAAACAGAACAACAGUUUCAAGCAAAAUUUGAUGAACAUCAGGAUCUUCAUUCAGGAACAUGGUUUCUUUUUCUGUCAACUUCACGGUGGCUUGCUGUUCGUUUAGAUGCACUUUGUGCCGUAUUUGUUAGUAUUGUUGCUUUUGGAUCUGUUAUAAUUGCCAACAAGUUGGAUGCAGGACAGGUUGGAUUGGCUCUGUCUUAUGCUAUCACGUUAAUGGGCAUGUUCCAGUGGGGAGUGCGACAAAGUGCUGAAGUUGAAAAUUUGAUGACUUCAGUGGAGCGAGUGCUGGACUACACUGAACUUGAAAGUGAAGCACCAUGGGAAUCACACAAGCCCCUACCCGAUGGCUGGCCACACCAUGGAGCCAUUGUCUUUAAAAACGUUAACUUUGGCUACAGUCCAGAUUGUGAGCCUAUUCUACAAGAUCUGAAUCUCGCAAUCAAAUCCAAAGAAAAAAUUGGGCUUGUUGGAAGGACAGGCGCUGGGAAGAGUUCUCUCAUCUCAGCCUUGUUUCGCCUUGCUGAACCAGAAGGGAAAAUCAUCAUUGAUGGCAUUGUAACCUCGGAACUAGGUUUACAUGACCUGCGAAACAGCAUGUCCAUCAUUCCUCAGGACCCAGUUUUGUUUACUGGUACCGUAAGGAAAAAUCUGGAUCCCUUUGAUGACCACACUGAUGAAGCACUAUGGAAUGCAUUGGAAGAGGUGCAGCUGAAGGAGGUGAUCGAAGAAUUGCCAAAUAAGAUGAUGACAGAACUUGCCGAAGCUGGUUCCAAUUUCAGCGUUGGACAAAGACAACUUGUGUGUCUUGCCAGGGCAGUUCUUAGAAAAUGUAAAAUACUUAUCAUCGAUGAAGCAACAGCAAAUGUGGAUCCUCGAACGGAUGAAUUAAUUCAGAAGACAAUUCGAGGGAAGUUUGAACAGUGUACAGUGCUGACAAUCGCUCAUCGGCUUAAUACAAUUAUUGACAGUGAUAGAAUUCUGGUGCUUGAGGCAGGAAGAGUUGCAGAGUAUGCAGAGCCCUGUGUUCUUCUAGAGAACAAAGAUGGUUUAUUCUACAAGAUGGUGCAACACUUGGGCAAGGCUGAAGCAAUUGCUGUGACAAAGACAGCCCAAGAGAUACAUUUGAAAAGGAAAUCUGCAGAAGGAACACAGACUGACCAAAUAUUAGCCAAUGGUUUGGCCAUUGUAUCGCCUAACAAUGUUGUCUUUGAGUCAUCAUUUUGAGCAGAAGAAGUAGUAAAAUGGAACAUCUGCAUCUAACAGUAGAAAAUUGCUUAUGUCUUGACACUUCACGGGAAGAAUUGAUUUUCUUAAAUAAAUCUUGGAGAAUGGAUAAAGAUUUGCACCAAAAAUUUCCAUUUAUCUAUUACUGGACCUGAUUACAUUAGAUAUUACUAUGGAAAUAUUGAAAUUGAAAUCAACAAAUAUCCACUUAUUCUGUGUCUGAAAUAGAUGCCUGUUUUCAGAAAAGGUGUCAGAUGCACCAAAUGUAUUUAAAUGAAAUUAACGGUGUAAACAUUUGGGAGGGAGAGAAAUUUUCCUUUCGAAGUUGAAGUAUGUUAACUCCAUGAAUCAUAGUUAUCACAAUAGGCCAGGAGAACUAAGUCAAGUUUGCAAAGAUUUUGAAGGGGCAGUGUAUUGCAAUAUUUUGCCCCUGAACAGUCGCUGAAUAAAUUGCAUCAUUAUCGAUGCUAAGGCCAAAUACUGAACUCAUGCCUAGAUUAUUCAGUAUGCCUAUUCCAUGAAUUCACUUCACGUAGGCAAUGGAUACUAUUAAGGUACCUCACAUUAUUUGUUUCACUAAAAGUAAAAUGUUCCAAGUCAAAUUUAUAUUUUGUUCUUUGACAAUUUCUUAUACUCUUGAGAAGCAAAAAAAAGCUUGUUUAAUUGGCAAGUUAAUUUAACAUAGGUCUACAAAUUACAGGUUUUCAUUUCAGAAGAAGAUUUAGCUGGAGGUAAGCCAAUUUAAUAUAAAAUUUUACAUUUGUAGAAAGGUGACUAAAAGUGAAAUUAAUUGUACGCCCAAAGAGAUUCUUUUGGGAGAGUACUCACUGUGGAAACCUACUAAAGGCUGGAAUGGCAAACUGAAGUGAUACUAGACAAUAAGCCUUAAUACUUGGCUUAGAUUGAGAGUCAGGUGAUAGCUAUAUCCUCCUUACAAUUAUUCCCUGAAUAUUUCAACUUGAAUGUAGUAGUAAUCUAAAAAAAAAUUUCAUUGUUAUUUUCUAAUAACAAUACUAGUUAAACUGGUAUGGUGAGCCUUCAACUGAAAGAGCAUUCUGCAUUUUUAAAUACUUGGUGCCUUUGUAGCAAUAAAAUUACUACAGUUAUGCAAAUAGAUGGGCCACAUUUACUGUUCAGUACAGUGGGAAUUACUUCAUCUUAUCUUUUUUGAUGAAGCCUAAUGAAGUGUAAUAAAGAAUCUUGCUUUAUGAUAUCCUUCCUUGAAAUAGUAUUGAGUUUGAUUCCCAAAUUCCACUGUUGUAAUUUAAGCUGCUGAAGAGAACAAAGUUAAAUAGCUACAAAACAGUUCUGAAGAAGGGUCACUGCACCUGAAAUCUUGAUUGAGUUCUCUGCAGAUGCUGCCAGAUCUUCUUGAGGUUUUUUUCCAGCAAUUUCUGAUUUUGUUUGAUUUUUAGCCUUGACAUUUCUUUUCGCAUGUUUUCAGGUUAAUGAGCUGAAUUUGUUUAUGAUGAUGUUAUGAAGUUUGGUUAAACAGAAAACUAUUUCCCCAAUGCCUUCAAAUAGCAUUAUUCUUUUAGAUAUUUAAUAAUAAAUGAAUUAAAACAUCAAGGAAAAUGUUAUGCAAAUCAAUUUAAAUCCAGUUUGAAAUGCAAUAGGAUGCUGAUUCAUCUGAAUGUACAUUUGCAUUGCUCAGGGUUGAGUCCAAAGAUGCUUUGUUUAAGAUUUCAAGCCAUUGUUGAUUUCUGUAACUCUGUGUGGUUGAUGCUGAAGGCAUUUGGAUCCUUCCUGAAAAUAAACUGAGAAUAUAUAAAUAUUAAAUACAAAAGGUAACAACUGCUAAAGCACUGAAAAAAUGUGUGUGUGGUACAUAGAAGAAUACAGCCCUGUACAGGCCCUUUGGCCCUUGAUGUUGUGCUGACCUUUUACUCUACUCUAAGAUCGAAUUAACCAACAUACUAUUGUCCUAUCAUCCAUGUGUCUAUCCAAGAGUCGCUUAAGUAUUGCUAAUGUAUCUGACUCUACAACCACCACUCGAUGUAAAGAACCAACCUCUGACAUCUCCCUUAAACCUUCCUCCAAUCAUCUUAAAAUUAUGCCUCCUCAUGAUAGCCAUUUCAUCCCUGGGAAAAAAAGACUAUUCUGACUAUUCACUACCUUUGCCUCUCAUCAUCUUGUUCACCUCUAUCAAGUCACCUCUCACCCUUCUUCACUCCAAUGAGAAAAUCCUUAGCUCCCUCAACUUUUCAUAAAAUAUGUCCCCCAGUCCAGGCAGCACCGUGGUAAAUCCCUUCUACACCCUUCCUAAAGCUUCCACAUCCUUAAAUGAGGCAACCAGAACUAAACACAACAUUCCAAUUGUGGUCUAACCAGGGCUGUAUAGAGCUGCAGCAUAACCUCGCAGCUCUUAAACUCAAUCCCCCUGCAAAUGAAAGCCAACACACCAUAUGCCUUUUUAACAAUCUGAUCAACUUGGAUGGCAACUUUGAGGGAUCUAUGGAAAUUGACCCCAAGUUCUCUCUGUUCCUCCACACUGCCAAGAAUCCUGCCUUUAAUCCUGUGUUCUGCAUUCAAAAUCAACCUUCCAAAAUGAAAUGCUUCACAUUUUUCCAGGUCAUCAGCCCAGCUCUGCAUCCUGUCAGCAUCCCGUUACAUCUUACAACAGCCCUCCACACUAUCCACAACGCCACCAACCUUCGUGUCAUUGGUAAACUUACUAACCCACCCUUCCACUUCCUUAGAAAAAUCACAAAGAGCAGAGGUCCCAGAACAGAUCCCUGUGGAACACCGAUGGUUACCAAGCUCCAGGCUGAAUACUUUUCAUCUACUACCAUCCUCUGUCUUCUAUGGGUCAGCCAAUUCUGUAUUCAGACAGCAAACUUUCCUCGUAUUCCAUGCCUCCUUAUUUUCUGGAUGAGCCUAAGGUGGGGAAGCUGAUCAAACACCUUGUUAAAGUCCAUGUACACCACAUCCACUGGUCUACCUUCAUCCAUGUCACAUUCUCAAAAGAAUUUAAUAAGGUUUGUGAGGCAUAAUCUGCCCCUCACAAAACCAUGUUGACUAUCUUUAAUCAAAUUGUGGUUUUCCAAGUAAUCAUAAAUCCUAUCUCUCAGAAUCCUCUCCAAUAAUUUACCCACCACAGAUGUAAGACUGACAAGUCUGUAGUUCCCAGGAUUAUCCCUAUUCUCUUUCUUGAACAAGGGAAUGACAUUUGCCACCCUACCCUUCAGUCAUCUGGCACUACUCCAGUGGGCAGUGAGGACACAAAGAUCAUCGCCAAAGACGCAAUAAUCUCUUCCUUCACUUCCAGUAGUCACCUUUGGUAUAUCCUGUCAGGGACUUAAGCAUCCUUACAUUUUUCAAAAUUUUCAGCACAUCCUCCUUCUUAACAUCAACUUGUUUCAACAUAUCAGCCUGUUUCACACUUUCCUCAUUGAUGACAAAGUCACUCUCAGUAUCAAAUACUGAAGCAAAGUUUUCAUUAAGAACCUUCCAUACCUCCUCCGACUCCAGGCACAAGUUCUCUCCACUAUCCCUCAUCAGCCCUACCCUCACUCUGGCCAUCCUCUUGUUCCUCACAUAAGUGUAGAAUCCCUUAGGGUUUUCUUAAAUCCUACCCACUAAAGCUUUCUCAUACCCUCUUCUAGCUCUCCUAAGUCCAUUUUUCAGAUAUUUCCAAGCUACCUUAUAACCCUCUCGAACUCUGUCUGAUUCUUGCCUCUGUCUUCCUCGUGAUUAGAUGUUGUAUAUCUAGUAACAAGAGCUAUUUUCCUACAUACAAAAACUGAAUCUUUGUAAAUGCUGGAUUUUGCAAGUGGUUAGUCUUAACUCAGAAGCUUUCAAACCAACUUGCCCCACUCCUAUAUCAACUCAGGAAAGUGUGUAUGUGUUAAAUUUAAAGUUGAUUCAUGAUUAUUUGAAUUGCUUUUUUAAACUCUAUUCUGCAACUGCAUUUAUAUAGUUGGUUUUAUUGAACUUUUCACUUUGUACACAAAUGGUUACUGAUCUAAAAUUGUUCAAGGAAUGAAAUGCAGUUGUAAAUUGAC